AUGUCGUCGCAACCUCUUGGAGCCACAAGGUCUUCUGAUUCAAUCAAACAGAAAAACUCCAAGGAUCAAGAAAAUGAUAAAAACUUUCUAUAUGAUGAAGAAGCCAAUACCUCAAUACAAACACCUGAAGAUUCAAAAAUUUUAGACAAAAUUUACAGAAAAUUAGACAUCAGAAUCAUUCCUGCGUUAUGGUGUCUUUACUUCUUGACUUCUUUUGGUUCUUCUGCUUAUGGUAACUCAUUAACAAUGAAUGCUGAAGCUGGCCAUUCAACAAAAUUGGCAUUAAAUUUAUCAGCUCAAGACACAUCCACAGCAUCCGCUCUAUAUUAUGUUGCUUAUAUUAUCUUUGAUGUCCCAAUGAAUUUAGCCAUGACAAAAUUGCCUCCUCAAGCUUGGUUGGCUCGUAUUGUUAUAUCCCUUGGUUUAGUUUAUGCGUGUUUUGCAGCUAUAGAAAAUUCUGGUGGUUUAAUUGCUUGUAGGUUCUUAACUGGUAUCUGUAACGCAGGUACAUGGCCAGGUUUAACCUAUUAUGUUUCCUUAUGGUAUCCAGCUAAAAGAACAACAAGAAGAAUUGGUUUCUAUUUCACCGCUGCUCAGAUUUCUGCUUCCGCUGCUGGUCUAGUUGCAGCAGGCUUCCAAAAAAUGGAUAUGAUGAGGGGUUUAUAUGGUUGGCAAUGGAUGUUUUUGGUCUAUGGAUGUUUAACUGUAUUUGUUGGCAUUACUUUGAUCUGGUGGUUACCUGAUAGACCAGUUGAAUUAAAAAAAAAUGAAAAAAAAUCUAUUUUUAAACAUUUUUUGCCUAAAAACAAAAAGCCUUUAACUCUUGAACAAAGAGUUCUUCAUUUAAAGGACAUGCAAGAAAGAUAUAGCAAACCACUUGAGUGGGGUCUUAAAGAUAUUGUUACCAUUAUUUGCGAUGUUGAAAUUUGGCCUUUGAUUAUCAUGUAUUUCGGUGUUGUUGGUACUGGUUUUGGUCUUGCUGUUUUCGGUACAACUAUCAUUAAAGCUACCAAUCCCUCCCUCUCUUCUAUUAAUGUUUCUCUAUUAUAUGCUCCAAUUUGGUUAUUUGAUCUCUCUGCCAUUUUAUUAAUUACACCAUUAUCUGAUAAAUUCAAAAAUUAUAGACCAUUUAUCUUUUCUUGCUCUACUUCUGUUAUCAUGUGUGGUUUAUUUGUCAUGACUUAUUCUCCAGAUAAAUGGAGUAAAUACGGUGGUUUACUUAUUUGUGGUUUUGGUCUUGGUCCAACUGUUCCAACUUGUAUGUCAAUGGCUGCUGAUAUUUUUGGUAGAAAAUAUGGUGAUGUUGGUACUGCUGUUAGUGCUGCUUUAGUUUCUGGUUUAGGUAAUUUGGGUUCUGUUGUCGGUACUUAUGCUUUAUACUCAGGUUGGCCAGAAGAUAUUCCAAGAUUAUUUCAAUACAGUAAUAUGAUUUUAGUUUUGAUUUGUGGAUGCAGUAUUAUUGCUGCUGCCGUAUCUGCAGGCUUGACCAGAUAUUUAGAAAAUAAAAAAAAAAGUUCAAGCUAA